AAUAUGACUCUUUAUUUCAACAUCUUUUUUUUCUUGUUAUUGAUCACUCCUAAUCUUGACCUUUCGCUAGCGGAAAAUUGCUUUAUUUUACCAAGUUAUGAGGUACAUAUUAUCAACAAACUUCCUACUAAUACCUCACAAUUGCAAGUUCAUUGCACGUCAAAGGAUGACGAAACUAGAAAUGCAUAUCUUAACAUAGAUGAAGACUUACAUUGGUCAUUUUGCGAGUCAUUUUUUGGUAAUACUUCGUUUUUUUGUAACUUUUGGUGGGGUUCAAUGAAUAAGUCUAUUACAGUGUUUGAUGACCCAGGCACUUGUGUUCAUAGUGGUCAGUAUACAAAUUAUCAUUACUCUUGCAAAUGGGAAGUAAGACAAGAUGGUUUUUAUUUGGAGAUGUUUAAUUAUAAGAAUAUGACAUAUUUUAUGGAUCACAUUAGUGAUUGGUCUUAGGGAAUUAAUAUAAUAUGUUCCAUUGAUGUUUUGUAUAUUUAAAUUUGGAAGGAAAUAUAUUAUCAUGGAAUUUUAGUGUG